AUGCCAGUGGGAGAAGUUAUACAGUCUCUAAAGACAACCGGGUUUUCAGAGCAAUUAUUGGCUCAACUAACUAAACUUUUGAGAAACGAUGAAGUGAGAUCUUCGAAUCUCAUCAAAUCAAACUUGUUUUUUCUAAUUCUAGGCUUUAACAAGAUACUCAAGGCUGAGAUUAAAGCUAGUCAGGAUCAAGUCAAGUCUUCUUCUCUGUUAGUAGUACAAGUCUUUAAAACAACGAUUAAUCUAUUGGCUGCCAAUGACGCAAAUCGCGAUUACCUAACCGACUCUUUAUCUGACGAUGUUGUUGAAUUUUGGGAACUUGUUAAUAAACUAUACGACUUAGAUGAAGAGUACCCUCUGGCAAUAACAACUUUACUAGGACAGUUUAUUUAUGAGACGGAUAAUCAAGAUAGGUACAUGCGGUUUUUGCACUUGCAAAAUUUGGGUAGAAUUGUUUACCAUGAGUUUCAAAAGUUUACCGAGAUGGACCUUGCAUAUUAUUUUGUAACCACGAAUAGAAACAAUUUAGACACAAUGGAUCAAAAGUUUGUAAGCUACGUUAGUGACAACUUUGAGGAUUUAUACGAGAAACAUGCUGACACUGAAGAUAAGGAGAAAUUAGUUGAUCUUUUAGAAUUUUCCCAACCGAGCCUAACAACAUUCAAUGCUUCACUCAAACUUCUUGGAGAAGAAAAAGAGAGCCGUCUUUUGAAGAAGUUGAUGGUUGCUACUAGUAACGUUUUUACUAAUAAUGUUGAGGAUCUCUCUCUUGAACAAUUAAACACGAAAAAUCCUUAUGGCUUUGCUGCAUGUUGCAUCUGUAUAGGAAAUACCAUUCACGAUGAUGCAUCGCGAUUGGAAGUAGCCAAAAGGAUCGAUGUGGAUGAGUUACUUGAAACCUUCUUUACCAAAUUCAAGGUAACGGAUAUCGUGCAAUUGCAAGCGAUUCACGUGUGGGUCAAUUUGCUAGAUGAAACGAUUUCAAAAAAAAUUCUAGAAACAUAUUCUGCUGAAGUAAGUUCAUUAAUAAAGUUGACCAUGGACAAUGCUACAUACUAUAAAGAGAUUGCCUCUCUUUGUUACAAGUUUGUAGGAAAAUUGAUCAAAUUUUCCGAGGGAAACUUGCCUGAGUCACUAAUAGAGCAGCUAGUCUAUCAUCAUGAUGCUAAUAGUCCUUCCCUCACGUAUACUAAUUACUUUUUAUUACAAAAAGCUAGUUCUAACAAUAUCAACGAUAAAUUAUUCAACAGAUUGAUAAGCAAUUGCAUCGAGAAACUUAAUAGUUUUGACAUUUUGGAACAACUUAAAACAAUAGCUAUAUUUAACGAUCAAUUGAUACACAAAAAAAUAUCACUAUCAUUUUCCGAUUUGAAUAAAGUGUACCUAGAACCUUUGGAGAAGAUUCUUUCUUUACUAUAUACCGAACUACAACAGACAGAUACACAAUCAUGGAAUCAAAAAAUAUUUGAAAACAAUUUGAAAUACGUUGCGGCAACAACUGUAAAGGUUAUUAACGGAUCAGAUAAAGCCUCUUUAAUAAAGAUAUGUGAGCAAAUUUUGCAAAAAGCAAUUCAAUCGGAGAAAGAUUUAAACGAACAAUAG